UCCAAGCAAGGGGCACCCGAUAAUAGCCCCUAAUAUUAAAAAAUGAAACAAUUAUUAUUGCUUGUACAUAAGUUGCAAUAAGACAAGACAGUCGUAUCUGUAUUCUAGAGUGGGAAAGACGUGUCUUUAAAUUCUAAUUAUAAAUAAACUAUGGGACUACUUAAUGCGGAGGAAGAAACUGGUGAAGUUGCAACGGAAUUGGUUUUCUAUGUCAAUGGAAAAAAGGUCAUAGAACCACGCCCUGAUCCGGAAUGGACACUGCUAUGGUACCUGAGGAAGAAGCUGCGCCUCACGGGGACCAAACUGGGAUGCGCCGAAGGUGGCUGCGGCGCUUGUACAGUAAUGGUCUCCAAAUACAAUCGCAAAGAGAAGAAAGUUAUUCAUCUUGCAGUCAAUGCAUGUUUAGCUCCAGUUUGCGCAAUGCACGGAUUGGCAGUUACAACAGUCGAAGGCAUUGGUUCCACCAGAACAAAACUGCAUCCAGUACAAGAAAGGAUUGCUAAAGCACACGGAUCUCAAUGUGGUUUCUGUACCCCAGGGAUCGUUAUGUCCAUGUACACAUUACUAAGAAGCUGUCGCCACAUUAAAUACGCUGAUAUCGAAGUAGCUUUCCAAGGAAAUUUGUGCAGAUGUACAGGCUACAGAGCUAUCAUAGAGGGAUACAAGACUUUCCUUGAAGAUUGGGAAAUGCAGCAAGUAGCUAAUGGUGCUAACGGAAAUACAAAUGGAAAUCAAAAGGGAGUAUGUGGUAUGGGAAAAGAGUGCUGCCGCAAUAAGAAAGAUGACAACAGUGAAACGCAAUAUAUUUUCGACAGAUCGUCAUUUUUACCAUACGAUCCCAGUCAAGAGCCAAUAUUUCCACCGGAGUUAAAAUUAUCUGAUGCAUAUGAUAAUCAGUUUUUAGUAUUCAAGGGAUCAAAAGCAACAUGGUUUAGGCCUAUCGAAUUAGAUACUAUAUUAAGGCUUAAAGAAAGAUUUAACGAUGCGAAAAUUGUUGUAGGAAAUACCGAAGUAGGCGUUGAAGUAAAGUUCAAACAUUGCAUAUACCCAACAAUCAUUAUGCCUAACUGUAUUCCGGAAAUGAACGAUAUUGUAGAAAAUGCAAACGGGUUAACUAUUGGCGCAGCUGUCACUUUGAUGGACAUGGAAAAAAGAUUUACCGAAUACAUUAAUAUCCUUCCAAAAUUUAAAACAAGAACACUGUUGACUAUAAAACAAAUGUUGAAUUGGUUCGCUGGCAAACAAAUACGCAAUGUAGCAGCAAUAGGAGGAAAUAUUAUGACUGGCAGUCCUAUAUCCGAUUUAAAUCCAAUUUUGAUGUCUUUGAAAGUAAAGUUUAACUUAUUAAGUAAAGAAGGUGGUCACCGUUCAGUGUUAAUGGAUGAAACGUUUUUUACUGGUUACCGGAGAAACGUAGUCAAGCCAAAUGAAAUUUUAUUGUCCAUUGAGAUACCAUUUUCAAGAAAAUAUCAAUAUUUAAAAGCAUAUAAACAAGCCAAAAGGCGAGAAGAUGAUAUUUCUAUUGUGACUUCGGCGGUAAAUGUAGAGUUCGAAGAUAACACAAAUGUCAUAAAAAAUAUUACUAUUGCGUAUGGUGGAAUGGCCCCAGUGACUAAAAUUGCCACAAAAACCAGCAAAUCUUUAAUUGGAGAGAAAUGGAACGAAGCUUUGCUAGAAAAAGCUUACGGUCACUUGUUGGAAGAAUUACCGUUACCACCUUCAGUACCUGGAGGAAAUGUACAGUUUAGGCAAGCUCUGACCAUGAGUUUAUUUUUAAAAACAUAUUUGGCUAUAGCUAAACAAAUGUCACAAGACUACAUCCACGAAGACCUCAUCAAGCCAUACCACAGCAGUGGAGCUGAACAAUUUCAUGGCAGUUUACCCAAAAGUGCUCAAUAUUUUGAACUAGUAGGGGAUAAACAGGUCAAAAGUGAUGCAGUUGGUCGACCUAUACAGCAUAUGUCAGCAUAUAAACAAACUACAGGAGAAGCUUUAUACUGUGACGAUAUGCCUACAGCUGAGAAUGAAUUAUACUUAGCAUUUGUACUGAGUACCAAAGCACAUGCAAUAUUAAAAUCUGUUAAUGCGACAAAAGCAUUAGAGCAACCAGGAGUGGUAGCAUUUUAUUCAGCCAAAGAUUUGACUCCGGAUCAAAAUAAAAUUGGACCAAUAUUUCAUGACGAAGAAUUAUUUGUCAGUGAGAAAGUGACAAGUCAAGGACAAACAAUUGGGGUUAUAGUAGCAGAAGACCAAGCCACAGCCCAAGCAGCCGCUAGGAUGGUCAAUAUUGAAUAUGAAGAACUUCAACCUAUAAUAGUCACUAUGGAAGAUGCAAUAAAAUAUAAUUCAUUUUAUCCACAAUAUCCAAAAACAAUAAAAAGAGGUGACGUUAAAUCUAUAUUUGAAAAUCCAAAUUAUUUAAUAAUAGAAAACCAGUGCCGUAUGGGUGGUCAAGAGCAUUUCUAUUUAGAAACUCAUGCAGCAUUCGCCAUACCAAAGAAAGAAGAUGACGAGAUGGAGGUAUUUUGUUCCAGCCAGCAUCCUUCAGAAAUUGCGAAACUCGUCAGCCAUAUCCUACACGUACCAAUGAACAGGAUAUGCGCACGUGUGAAACGUAUGGGAGGGGGGUUCGGUGGUAAAGAAUCGAGAGGCAUGCUUGUUGCACUGCCUGUAUCACUUGCGGCACAUCGACUGAACAGACCGGUGAGAUGCAUGCUGGACAGAGACGAAGACAUGCAGAUGACAGGAACACGCCAUCCAUUCCUUAUAAAAUACAAACUGGCUUUCACAAAGGAGGGUAAAAUAAUGGGAGCUAUUGUUAAUAUUUAUAAUAAUGGCGGCUACUCAAUAGACUUGUCUGGACCAGUGGUUGAAAGGGCAAUGUUCCAUUUUGAAAAUGCAUAUUACAUUCCAAACGUGGAAGUAACUGGCCAUGUCUGCAAAACCAAUUUGCCAUCGAACACUGCUUUUAGAGGAUUUGGAGGGCCGCAGGGAAUGUUUGGAGCCGAGAACAUGGUGAGAGACAUCGCGCACAGGUUGGGACGACUUCCAGAAGAAAUAAGCAGGCUCAAUUUAUAUCAAGAAAACUUUACAACUCACUAUGGUCAAAGUUUGGUUCACUGUACGCUUCAGAGAUGCUGGGAUGAGUGCAUUGAAAAAAGCAAUUUAGCAGAGAGAAAACUGAACAUUGAACAGUUUAACAAACAACAUCGCUGGCGGAAACGAGGUAUAGCUAUAGUCCCAACCAAAUUCGGGAUCGCAUUUACAGAAAAAAUGUUGAAUCAAGCCGGAGCUCUAGUGUUAAUAUAUAUUGAUGGAUCUGUCCUUUUAUCACAUGGGGGCACUGAAAUGGGACAAGGCCUGCAUACAAAGAUGAUUCAAGUUGCUUCUCGUGCUCUCGGCGUCGACGUUUCCAAAAUACACAUCAGUGAGACUUCGACGGAUAAAGUUCCAAAUACAUCGGCGACAGCCGCCAGCGCGGGCUCCGAUUUAAACGGUAUGGCCGUUCUUGAAGCGUGCCAGAAACUGGUCAAAAGACUCCAACCUUACAAAGAGAAGAAUCCAGAAGGAACAUGGGAAAAAUGGGUUUUAGCAGCUUGGCUCGACCGAGUCAGCCUGUCGGCUACUGGAUUCCACGCGACACCUGAUAUCGGCUACGACUUUAAAAACAAUAUUGGGAAGCCCUUCAACUACUUUACUUACGGCGUGGCGUGCACGGAAGUAGAAAUCGAUUGUCUCAGUGGCGACCACCAAGUAAUAAGAACGGAUAUAGUAAUGGAUUUGGGUGAAAGUUUAAAUCCAGCCAUAGACAUAGGACAAAUCGAAGGAGGUUUUAUACAAGGUUAUGGAUUGUUUACAAUGGAGGAAUUGAUAUAUUCUCCAACUGGAACCCUGUAUUCCCGUGGUCCAGGAGCUUAUAAGAUCCCUGGCUUCGGAGAUAUCCCCCUUGAAUUUAAUGUGUCUUUACUCAAGGGUGCGCCAAAUAUGAGAGCUGUUUAUUCAUCCAAGGCGGUCGGCGAGCCACCACUUUUCCUCGCGUCGUCCGCCUUCUUCGCCAUACAAGAAGCCAUCCGCGCCGCCCGCGCCGACGCCGGCGUCCCGCUGGACUUCAAUAUGGACGCGCCCGCCACUUCUGCCAGAAUACGCAUGGCCUGUGAGGACCAUAUCACUAAGAAGUUAAAGACGCCCGAUGAGAACAGCUUCGUGCCAUGGAACGUAGUCCCAUAAUUUUAUUCAACCAAAAUAUCGAAUAAAUGUAUGCAGUCCCAAAAAUUAUGAAAUCAGUUAGAAGGGUUUACAAAAAUAUAUUCAUUGAGAAUAGAUAAAAUUAUUUAUUAAAAUCAUAUCUAAUAUAUUACAUUAGUAUUUUAAUAUGAGAAUUCUGUAACAGUUUAACGCUGUUCUAGAAUCUCCAAUAUCGGUCUACGUACUGACUAUUAACAAUAUUAAAUAAGUUAGACACACAAUCAAUGCGUUCACAGAAAAUAAAACAGAUCAGGAGCUUUGUAAGAACUAUAUUAAUUAUGGAUUCAUUAGAUUAUUACUCGUAUUGAUACUCUUAUUCAGAGUUAUGGGAAGGUUAAUUUUACAUGAACAACUCAGGUACCAAAAAUAAAAAAACUUAGGAACAUAAUUUUGUCUUUGGUUAUACAAAGACUAUUUGAAAAGUAUUUGCAAAUAAUGGCUUGUGGUUAUGUGGAAUACAUUGUUAUAGCUACUACUACGUAAAACGACG